CUUGAAAAUUACUGUAAUUGUCCAGAAGGCUACGAAGGUACAACGCGUUAACGGGCCUCUGCCACUAGCUGCAUUUUACAAAACAGGCUCAUAUUAAUUUCUAGCGUUGCACAGAGAGGAAACAGCAAGAUGGCGAGUUUGUCGCUACAUGUAGCUGCAGCGACGAUUAUCAUCGCCAGCUUGAAUCUCCUCGACACAGGACUGGUCGCAGUGGACGCUGCCGAACGAACUUACGACAUCGGAGCUUACUACUAUCCGGCCUGGCAUGUGGACUCGUUGAGCGAACAACUGCACGGCAAGAACUGGACAGAAUGGGAGCUGGUGAAAACCGCCAAGCCGCGCUGGCAAGGUCAUCAGAUGCCCAAAGUGCCACUGUGGGGAUACGAAAUGGACGAUGACCCAGUCGUCUUCGAGAAGAAGAUUGAUGCAGCGGCCAGCAACGGAGUGAACCUGUUCAUCUUUGAUUGGUAUUGGCACCAAGGCAGCGGACCGUACCUAAGCCGCGGCUUAGAGCAAGGCUAUCUCAAGGCGAGCAACAACGACAAGGUCAAGUUUGCGCUGAUGUGGGCCAAUCAGCCACUACUCGACAUCAUGCCGGCCAAACACGGCUUCCGCGGCAAGACGGUGGAGGUCCGAAAUGGCACGACCGACAUGCCAACAUUCAAACAGGUGGCCGACCACAUCGUCACGACCUACUUCAAGCAUCCCAGCUACUAUCGUGUGCGCGGCUGUCCGUACCUGUCUUUCUACCAGGUGAUCACGCUGCUGGACAGCUUCCACCACGACGUGCCAAGCACCCUGGAAGCACUGGACUACAUGGUCAACCAGACGAAAGCGCAGGGCAUUGCUGAGUGCGUGCACUUCAACGGCAUUGACACGUACAUGCGCCGAACACCGCAGGCCGCUGAGCUCCUGAAACAGCUCAAGUUCUCCAGCCUGACCAGCUACACAUGGUUUCACAACUCAAAGACAUUCAACUCGUUCCCGGUAACGUCGUACGAGCACGCCACCCAAGUCAAUACGGCCUACUGGGACACGGCGAACAGCACAUAUCCGAUAAAGUACAUCCCGAAUGUGUCGGCGUCCUGGGACCCCUCACCGAGGACCUGUCCGACGGACGUGUUCGACGACAGUGGCUAUCCGUUCGGAGCCACCUUCUCCUCCACGCCAGACCAGUGGAAGACGGCGCUGCAGAACGUCAAGGCGUUCAUGGACAGAACGUGCGACCCUGACUGGUGCAUGCUGACCAUCAAUGCCUGGAACGAGUGGUCAGAGUCCGCGUACAUUGAGCCGGACACGGUGGACGAGUUUGCACGACUCAAUGCCAUUAAAGAUGUGUUCACACACCAAGCCAUAUAACACUUUCUACACAAACACAAUAUCUUUCUUACAACAUACUACUUCAUACUACUUCAGCACAUGUUUUUAAGUUACUAGGGCAUUCAACAAAAGAAAACGCCCAAAGAAGUUGUUCACAACAUAAAUUAUUAUGUGAUGACAUCAUCCACUGGUGGUUUGUGCAGAGUGACAUCACAACUUGACACAAGCACGGGAUUGCCACUCUGUACAAACCAUAACACGAAUGAAGUCAUUCACAAAACCU